GAUGUACUGAGUACAAUGAUUGAUGUAAAACCAAAGAUAAAUUCAUUCAUUCAUUCAUUCAAGUAUUAUGUGUGAAAUAGGUGGACGACAUGAAGGGUUUUCGAGAUCUCCUCCGCAUGUCAGUGGAGGAAUUCAAUUACCUCCUGGAGAAGGUGUUCCCUCUCAUUCUCAAGAGGGAUACACACUUGAGAAAGGCCAUCAGCCCCAGGGAGAGGCCGUCGGUUACCUUAAGAUUUUUGGCAACAGCUGAAACCUUCAAUUUGUUAAGUUUCCAGUAUAGGAUUGGAAGCACUACCUUGAGCCAGAUUGUGAUGGAAACAUGUUCAGCCCUGACCUCUGUACUUUGAGAAGAUAACUUGCAGGUAAAUUUCAUACAAUAUGUAUGAAUAUAAAAGAACAUAUAACAUAUGUGUAUAAUACAUUCAUCUUCCUUAACUGAUUGGUUGUCAUUGUGUUAGUGAGGAAACCACUUAUUUAUCGGAAAAUCAUUUGAUGUAGCACCUUGUACGUGUCUUCCAUAGACACCAUCGACAGAGGCAGAGUGGAAGGCCAUUGCAAGAGACUUCACUGACAAAUGGCAGUUUCCACACUGCUUGGGCGCUGUAGAUGGGAAACAUAUCUUCAUUCAACCCCCUGCAAAUAGUGGAAGUAUGUUUUAUAAUUAUAAGUCCAGGUUUUCCAUCAUACUUAUGGCUGUAGUUGAUGCCAAUUACAAGUUUGUGUAUGCAAGUGCGGGUACACAGGGGAGGGUCUCAGAAGCUGGAGUUUUCUCCCAUUCCGACCUGAGACAUGCAAUGGACAAUGGAAUGCUGCACUUUCCACCUGAUGAUACCCUGCCAGGCACUGAUACCAUCAUGCCUUACAUGUUUAUUGGUGAUGAUGCGUAUCCCCUUCGUCCUGAUCUUAUGAAGCCAUUCCCCUUUAGAAACCUAAACUCAAAACAAAAGAUCUACAACUAUCGACUCUCCAGAGCACGGCGCAUUGUGGAAAAUGCUUUUGGAAUUUUGGCAUAUCGAUUCCGGGUAUUCCGGACAACAAUUUGCUUAGAUCCUGACAAGGUGGUCACCAUUGUUUUUCCCUGUCUCUGUCUCCACAAUUUCCUUCGGAACCAGAGAUCAGAGGCCUACGUUCCACUUGGCUAUGUUGAUUCCGAGGACAUGAACUAUCAGCUGGUGGAGGGAGCGUGGAGAAGGGAGGGAGCGCUUCAGUCAAUUACAAUGUGCCAAGCAAGGAAUCCCUCAGUGGAGGCAAAGAAGCAACGCAACACCCUUUGCCAAUACUUUGUGUCUCCCGCAGGGAGUGCGUCGUGGCAAGAACACAUGGUGUAGGUAGUACUAUUCAUAACAGUUGACGUUAUAGAAUGAAUGAAUGAAUGUUUAUUUCAGUUAAAUACAAGAUACAAAACACACACAUAUAAAAAAGACAACAAAACAAAACACCUACAUAUUAAA